UUGUCAUUAUUUUUCUGUCAAUGAUUUUUAUCAAUUGAAUACCAAUUUAAUAAAAAAAACAUUUUAUUAAAUUUAUAUAUUUAUCAAGCAACAACCUUAAAUUUUUACUGUCCAUUUUCCAAAAGUGGAUCUGCGAAGUGUAAACUUCAAACCUGUUUACAUUGUUGUCAUUCAAUUAAGAAAACAAUCAAAGAAAGAUAUCCAAAUCGUCGGACCAAGAAAACAACUAUUCGGGCCACAAUGUCAUCUUGGAAAACUCUACACAAGUGGUGCACAAGUUACAGCGCCGAUUCCGUAGAGUGGUGUCCUGUGGAGCCCUACACGGACAUACUUGUGUGUGGGACUUACCAACUCGAUAAAACCGAUGAAGAUGGGUCUACUAAAAAGCAGAAAAGACUGGGAAGAAUUUAUUUAUUCAAAGUCAGCGAUGAUAUGGAUGAGAUAUGUCCUAUACAAAGUAUAGAUACAGCAGGAAUUUUAGACCAAAAAUGGAGCUAUAAUUGCAUUGAUGGUCAUCCAGUUCUUGGUGCUGUGACAUCUGAGGGUAGUUUACAUCUGUACCGAUUGGUCAAUUUAAAAUUGGAACGUUGGCUCGAAGCUGUGAUUGGUGAAAAUGUUCUAGCGCUCUCACUUGAUUGGUCGACGAAUAAAUAUAAUGGAAAUACAAGUGUUAUUGUUAGCGACUCGGCGGGAAAUGUAACAUUGUGGAAGGUGGAUGAUACUUUAGAAAAAGUUGGUGAGUGGCAAGCUCAUGGAUAUGAAGCUUGGAUUGCUGCAUUUAAUUAUUGGAAUUCGGAUGUGUUUUAUACAGGUGGCGAUGACUGCGUGUUGAAAUGUUUCGACCGUAAAUCUCCAGACGUAGUAAUGACAAACCGAAGCCACGAAGCUGGAGUUACAGCUAUUCGGAGCCACGUCGAUGUUGAACACCAAUUACUAACGGGGAGCUACGACGAAAAAGUACGUCUUUGGGACGCUAGGCAGAUGAAACGCUGUCUAACUGAAACAAAUGUUGGCGGCGGUGUUUGGCGCCUUAAAUGGCAUCCAAAUCGCAAAAGCGUCAUUUUAGCCGCUUGCAUGUAUGGAGGUUUUAGGCUUCUUCGAGCAGAAGACACAAUUGAAAUUCUCUAUGAAUAUUUAGAACACGAGAGUAUAGCCUACGGUGCGGAUUGGAAAUUCGAAAACAAAGAAUUGUCUAUGGUAGCCACGUGUUCUUUUUACGAUUGUAAUCUGCGUAUCGGGGAAAUUAAUAUUGACAAUACCAAAGUACUAUGAUUAUAUGUUUUAUUAUGAAAGAAUGUAUAAGUAAAACCUCGCUUGUUAAAAUAGAUUUUAUAUAUUUAUAAAGGUGAUUAAACGAGCUAGCCAAUGUAACAAUAAACUUGUAAAAACAAUUGUUUUCUAUUUAAACGCGAUUCUAAAUAAAAAUACUAAAAUCAUUUUAAACAUGUUGUAUUUCAAUUUGCUUAUGUCAUGAUAAAUAUAAUUUAUAACAAUUACAUACUUAAAGUAGAUUUGCCGUAAUUGUUUAAAAAAUUACACCAUUUACUUAUAAAGGCUUUGGAGUAUCCGAUAUUGUUCGCAUCUACGCGCCAUCAUGUCUGAAUAAACUUUUUAAAACACUAAA